CUCAGAGACGUGUGGUCUGUAUCUCACGUUCCUUCCUUCGUUCCACCCACAGGUCCACACAAUAUUUACUACUAGACAUUGUAUCGUAAAUAUUGUACCACUGUAAUGAUGAGAUCUUUGAAGUCGGCGAUACAGCGUAAGGACCCAGAGAAAAUUCCACUGACAGCCACGGGACACCGAAAGGGUCAAACAACAGACACAUUCACGGUAGAGGACGCAGUGGAGAAGUUGGGGUUCGGCAGGUUUCAGAUCAAACUGUAUCUGCUGUGUGGGGUAGGAUAUGUGGCGAUUGCAAUGGCAGUCAUGAUUAUUACUGUCCUGUCGUCAGAGCUAAACUGUGAAUGGCGCCUCAGCAGCUGGCAACAAGCCUCCCUCUCCACCGCAGUUUUCAUUGGAAUGAUGAUCGGCUCUUUUCUGUGGGGAAAAUUCUGCGAUAAAUAUGGCAGGAGGACGUAUUUUCUAUUUCAGGGAGGGAUAGCUGCAUUUGUAUGGCUCUUCUUCUACGGCGUCCUUAGCGCAUUUUCUCCCACCUUCAACUGGCUUCUCGUGCUACGUAUGUUUGUUGGAUUUGGAACUGCAGCAUUUCCCGUAUUGGUGACACUAUGUGUGGAAUUUCUCCCAAGAAGACAAAGAGGACAGUGUGUAUUGUUUCUGAUGAUGUUCUGGGCGGCCGGAAGUUGUCUUGAAGUCGGGUUGGCUGUAGCCGUCCUGCCUACUCUGGGAUGGAGAUGGUUGCUCGUCUUCACUGCAAUUCCCUCUCUGAUUGUCGCCAUAUGCUGUAAGUGGAUACCAGAGAGUGUUCGGUACCAUGUAGCUAGCGGACAGUUGGAGAAGGCACGAGAGACACUUCAGAGGAUUGCGCGAGAAAACAAGUCAUCCUUGCCCCCGGGAAAACUUGUGGCUCUCGUCAUUACGGAAAAGCGAGGACAAUUCAGAGACUUGUUCACCAGGGAGUUUCGACUGACGACUGUUCUUCUGUGGUUUAUAUGGACAGCAAUCAUGAUGUGCUACUACGGCAUCGCGUUGAUGACAACAGAGUUAUACCAAGCAGACGGAAACUUUUGCGGGGUGCCAGAUUGCAUCGGUUACGUUGACUUUAUAAUUUUUCAUCUUUCAGAGGCCAGUCAGGAUCAGAAUCAGGUCUCAUGCUAUGCGGCCUGCAAAAAGCUCUCAGGCGACGCCUACCAGAACAUAUUCAUCACAACACUAGCUGAGCUACCAGGCACAUUGCUGGUGAUGCUGAUUCUGGCCUGUCUGCCCAGAAAACCCACCAUGGCCGUGGCGUUCGCAGGAUUUUCUAUUUUUACUUUUCUGCUUCUCACGUGUGCGGGAAGGACAUGGUUGACUGUCUUCAUCUUUGUAGCUCGAGCUUUUAUAUCCGGCGGUUCCCAGCUGCCUUAUGUCUACACGCCAGAGGUGUAUCCUACCACCACAAGGGCUCUGGGAACAGGCACGUGCAGUGCUGUAGCAAGAGUGGGAGUCAUUCUCACACCUUUCGUCGCACAGGUGAUGUUGAAGUACUCGGUGCACCUGACUGUAUCGGUGUACGGGAGCAUCUGUCUACUGGCUGCUGGUGCCAGUUUGCUGCUUCCCAUAGAGACCAAGGGACGGAGCAUGCAAGAAACUGGACAGGAGAAACUCAGGCGUUAAACUUAUUCCUCUGUACGUUAAAGGAAUCCAGUGUAGCUUUUAGUUUUAGGCCUUGGAAAUCAGAUUUUUCAAAGUCAAUAUUCUAGUCAUUUAUCUACAUACUUAAAACAACAC